AUGUGGGUGCAAAUACAUGAUCUCCAAUCUAGUUUUCGAACAAAGAAGGCAGUACUAGAGGCAGGUCGAUUCAUAGGUGAGUAUUUAGAAUCUGACCCGAAUAACUUCACAUGCGUUUGGAGGGAAUACUUCAGAGUUAGGGUGCGGAUUAAUGUCUCUCUUCCAUUAAAACGGAGAGUGAAAUUUCGCCGUAGGGGAAACGAUUCUUACUUCUAUGCCAACUUUAAAUAUGAGAAAGUCCCUACCUUCUGUUUCAUCUGUGGAGUGCUAGGACACUCCGAGAAAUUCUGUCCGAGGCUAUACGACACACCAGAGGAUCGUAUUGUUAAGCCUUAUGGCUUGUUCAUGAAGGCUGCUAGUAAAAGGCAAAACUUCCUUACCGCCUCAUCUUGGCUACGAUCGGGGAAGACGACCACUCUAGUUGAAACUGAAGAACCCGAAGAUGAAGCUAUCAACAUUAAUGCCCCUGCUCAAUUCGUGCCUGAACCAGCGAAGCACCAUAAUUCAAGGGAUUCGAAUCCCAGUAGCUCCGUGAAUGAAGGGACAGCUGUGAUAUUAAAGGAAAAUGAAAUGAGGUUUUCCUCUGAUUUGGAUAUUGUUAUAUCCGAAGGAAAGAGAAAGAGGCUUGACACUUUAUCAAAUGGGCUUAUUAAUAAAGAUAGUGGGCCGGUGGACUCAAGUGGAUUUGUCUCUUUGAUAAAUACCACAAAUGCUGAAGGCAUUUCAAAAAACGAAUCAAAGAUGGGUGCUGUGGUGGGCCGAGUAAAAUCCAAAUUGGGCUUCGAAUCAUGCUUUGCUGUUGACCCAAUAGGAAGAUCUGGUGGGCUAGCUUUUUUUUGGAAAGUGUCUGAGGAAGCCCGGUUGAUUGGUUAUUCACAGAACCAUGUCGAUUUUGAAAUUUCAGUCCUUGGAACGAUAACUUGGCGCCUCACUGGGUUCUACGGUAAGCCUAACCGCACCCUUCGAGCUCGGACGUGGACUCUUCUCCGUACCCUUCUCUCUAAAUCUCCCCUCCCAUGGUGUAUAAUCGGUGACAUCAAUAAUAUAGUUAACCAAUCUGAAAAGAGAGGAGGCCGUGCUUACCCGACUGCUCUUAUUGCCGGUUUUCAGUCGGAACUCCAUGAAUGCUCCUUACACGAUCUUGAGCUCCGUGGUUAUCCCUACACUUGGGAAAGAGGCCGUGAUUCUGGUCAUUUGGUGGAGAUAAUAUUGGACAGAGCCUUGGUCUCCCAAUCGUGGCUUGAUGUUUUUCAUGAGAUUAAACUAUGUAGCUCUCAACUGGAAAGCUGGGGAAAAGGUCUCACUGGUAAUUUUAAGAAAUGCAUUGCUAAAUGUAAAGAUAAAAUGGCUGAUUUGAAACACUCUGGUCUUGACAAUUGCUAUCAGGAAUAUGCAACAGAGAAAAAUAACUAUUUUGAGAUUCUUGCUCAGCAGGAAUUUUACUGGAAGCAAAGGUCAAAGCAAUACUGGUUAAAUGCGGGUGAUAAGAAUAGUAAGUAUUUUCAUGCCACUGCUAGUUCUCGUAAACGAAGUAAUCAAAUUUAUCAGUUGCAAAAACCAAAUGGAGAUUGGUCAAGUUGGGACACUGGUCUUAGUGAUGUUAUUUCUAAUUAUUUUGAUGAUUUAUUUACUGCUAAUGGUACCUUCCAUAAUGUUGUUGCUAAUGACAUAAGGUGUAGCAUUGAUGAAGAUCAAAAUAAUUUACUACUGCAGCCUAUUUCCACUGAUGAAGUUCGGCAUGCCCUCUUCCAAAUGCAUCCGGAUAAAGCACCUGGUCCAGAUGGCAUGGGACCUGGUUUCUACCAAAAACAUUGGGAUGUUGUUGGUCCGGAUAUUGUCAACAUGGUUACUGAUUUCUUUGCUACUGGUAUGAUCUCUAGUGGUCUGAAUGUCACAAAUCUUGUCUUGAUCCCGAAGAAAAAGAAUUUUAUUUCUAUGAGUGAUAUGCGGCCGAUCGCCCUGUGUAAUGUGCUUUAUAAAGUGCUCUCAAAAGUUCUUGCAAACCGCAUGAGAAGUAUUAUUGAUCAGAUUAUUUUUGUGAAUCAGAGUGCUUUCAUUCCUGGUAGACUUAUAUCUGGUAAUGUGAUGAUUUCUUUUGAAGUUAUGCACUACUUGAAACGGAAGACAAAGGGUAAGAAGGGGUUUAUGGCUCUAAAACUUGAUAUGAGUAAAGCGUACGACCGUGUUGAAUGGAACUAUCUUCAUGCUGUCAUGUCUCAUAUGGGGUUUCAUUCGAAAUGGAUUGAUCUUGUUAUGGCUUGCAUUACGUCAGUCAGUUAUAAUGUCAUCCAUGGUGGGCAUGUCAUUGGCCCCAUUAUUCCUUCUCGCGGUAUUCGGCAAGGUGACCCACUCUCCACUUAUCUUUUCAUCAUGUGUGCUGAGGGUCUCACGGCACUCAUUAAUAAGUUUGAAGCAAAUCAGGUCAUUCAAGGAUGUAAGGUGGCUCGUGGUGCUCCUUCCAUAACUCAUAUGCUCUUUGCAGAUGACAGCUAUUUGUUUUGUCAGGCCACUCCGGAAGCUGCUUUGAGUGUUAAUACUCUUCUUCAAACUUUCCAACAAGCUUCUGGACAACAAGUAAAUUUUUCCAAAUCAUCUGUCUUUUUUAGUCCUAACACUACUGCUCAGUCCCGAUCUGGUAUUUGUUCUGUGCUUAGAAUGAUUGAAGCGUCAGAAGGCAGUCUUUAUCUUGGCUUGCCUAACAUCAUUGGCCGAAACAAAAACUCUAUUCUUGGUUUCUUAAAGAAUAAGGUUUUGGCUCGGAUCAAUAGCUGGGAUGGCAAAUUUUUAUCUCGAGCCGGCAAGGAAAUACUUCUCAAAACUGUGAUUCAGUCCCUUCCUACUCAUGCCAUGAGCGUCUUCUUAAUCCCUUUAGGCAUUUGUGAGGAUAUAGAGAAGAUUAUGGCAAGCUUUUGGUGGAAAACUACAUCAAGCAAGGGUCGUGGCAUUACUUGGAUGUCCUGGGAAAGAAUGGCAAAGCCUAAGCUGGAAGUGGUAUGGGUUUCCGAAUCCUUCAUGACUUUAAUAUUGCAAUGCUUGCUAAACAAGGUUGGAGACUUUUGUGUAAACCUGACUCUUUGGUGGGACAACUUUGUAUGGCGAAGUGUUUGGGCUGCUCAAAGUGUGGUUCGUCUCGGGGCUGUGCGUAUUAUUGGAAAUGGUGAAACUACCAGGAUUCUCUCUACCCCUUGGCUACCUGACACUAGGAACAGACUUGUAACUUCAACUCAUCCAGCCCUCUUACAUAACACUGUGAGUUCUCUCUUCUCAUUGGGGACUCGUACCUGGGAUUCUGAGGUUGUUGAGGACCUGUUUAACAACCGAGAUGCCAGCCUAAUUCUUGGUCUUCUGUUAUCUCCAAAUUCUGAUACUGACUUCUGGUCUUGGUCAGGAGAUCAAUCUGGGUUGUUCUUUGUUAAAACUGCCUAUUUUUUGCUGCAGAAGAAUAAACCCCAGCUCACUGGCGCUGAUAACUCUGGGUUUUGGUGCAAAAUGUGGCACUUGAAGAUUCCUCCCAAGGUAAAGAAUUUGUUAUGGCGUGCAAUUACUGAUUGUCUUCCCACUUGCCUUCAGCUAGUAACAAAACAUGUGAAUAUUUCUGGGCUCUGUCCUGUGUGUACAAACCAAGCAGAGUCAAUUGUUCAUGCUCUCCUCACAUGUCCUUUUGAUAUGUCAUGUUGGCAUACCCUUGGUAUCACUUAUGACACGAACCAUCCCUAUUCUUUUGGUGGUUGGUUUGAGAAAGUUCUUAUGGCUCUUGAUGAGGAUAUUGUCUCACGGGCAGCUAUGCUCUGUUGGGCAAUUUGGAAUGCCUGUAACCUUGUUGUAUGGAAGAAUAAAACAUCCUCACAAGUUGAAGUUAUUGCAUCUGCACAAACAACUGUUGAUCAUUGGCGUAACGCUCAAGAUAACAUUUCCCUAUCUUCGCUAUUCUUUGAGAAUAGAGGAGAUGGAGCUGAGCGUUGGACUAAACCUGAACCAAACAAAAUCAAGAUAAAUGUAGAUGCGGCUCUCUUUCCACAGGAUAAUUCAUAUGGGUUUGGGAUUGUUGCUCGAGAUAGUUCUGGCGGACUCAUUGAGGCUAAAACAUGGUACUCUGGCGGUGUCUAUGAUGCGGAAGUUGUUGAAGCUAUGGGAGUCAAAGAAGCUCUGAGUUGGAUUAAGAGCAACAAUUGGUCUGAUGUUGAGAUUGAGACAGACAGCAUGCUCACUGUGCAAGGCAUUCGUAGUAAUCACUCUUUGAAUUCUAUUUUUGGUUUGAUUAUUCAUGACUGUCAAAUUUUACUUUCUUCUCUCAAUAAUGUUAGAAUUUGUUUUAUUAGACGAUCAGCAAAUCGAUUUGCCCAUGUUGUUGCAAGGCACUCUCGUUUUCUCUCUGGUCGUAGCAUUUUUGAGUAUAAUGCUUGGGAUGAGUUAAUCUCCCUCUUGUAUUCUGAAUGCUAA